ACACUUUUCACAAAGAGUUAUUGUUAUUAACGUAUAUACAUUAUUGGGGUAUUAAUUUGCGAGUUCGAAUCACAUUUACUUGAUUUUUAAGAAAGAGAGUAUAUCAGUUGCUGAGCUGCAAGAGGGGCGUGUUCGUUACGCAAGGACUGUACUUCAAGCAGUGCAUGCAUGCUACAAACGUGUUGUUUAUUCGUUUUGCUUUAUUGGGACCUUUCUCAAGUUCAGUUGCUGUCGUUUGUAAGAAGUCUUUGAUUUGCAUUGAUUCAAACAUCUCUAAACAGAAUCAGGGAAUCAGCAGUAAAGAUGGCAGCCUCUCUGCUCAGGGUUGGACGACUUGGAUCUCUCAGGUGUCUGCAGUUGGAGAGUUCUUUAAGAGCUCCAGUUGUCGCUCUCAGUUCAAAGUCUGGGGACAGCAAGAAGUCCAAAAAGUCCAACAAAGAAAAAGGGGCUCCAAAAACCUACUUCGAUAUAGAAAAACUUGUCCAACACAAAGCGUAUGCAGAAUUCCCUAAGAAGGAGGUUGCAGCCCCAGCUGCUGCUGCUGCCUUUACAAAAGCUGCAUCUGCUGCUAACCCUGGAUCUGAACCAGUUGCCCCUGAGCCAGUUGUGACUGCCACUGCUGUGCCUGCUGCAACAGAAGCACCAGCCUCUACUGCUGAAUCUGUUGUCCCUGCAGCUGAAGUCACAAUCCCUGCAGCUGAAGCCUCUGAAGUCACUACCCUUGCUGCUGAGGCAGCUGCUCCUGCUGCUGAAGCUGCUGCCCCUGCAGCUGAAGCUACUGAAAUCACUACCCCUGCAGCUGAAGUCACAACCCCUGCAACUGAAGCUUCUGAAGUCACAACCCCUGCUUCUGAAGUCACAACCCCUGCAACAGAAGCUUCUGAAGUCACAACCCCUGCUUCUGAAGUCACAACCCCUGCAACUGAAGCUUCUGAAGUCACAACCCCUGCAACUGAAGCUUCUGAAGUCACUACCCCUGCAGCUGAAACUUCUGAAGUCACUACCCCUGCAGCUGAAGCCUCUGAAGUCACUACCCUUGCUGCUGAGGAAGCUGCUCCUGCUGCUGCUCCUGCUGAAGCCGCUGCCUCUGCAGCUGAAGCUACUGAAGUAACUACCCCUGCAACUGAAGCUUCUGAAGUCACAACCCCUGCAACUGAAGCUUCUGAAGUCACUACCCCUGCAACUGAAGCUGCUGAAGUCACUACCCCUGCUGCUGAGGCAGCUGCUCCUGCUGCUGAAGCUGCUGCCCCUGCAGCUGAAGUCACAGCCCUUGCAGCUGAAGCCACUGAAGUCACUAUCCCUGCAGCUGAGGCAGCUGCUCCUGCUUCUGAAGCUGUUACCCCUGCAGCUGAAGUCACAACUCCUGCAGCUGAAGCUGCUGAACUCACUACCCCUGCUGCUGAGGCGGUUGCUCCUGCAGCUGAAGCUGCUGCCUCUGAAGUCGAAAGCAGUACACCUGUAGCUGAAUCCACUGCCACUGCAAUCGAAAGUGCUGCACCUGCAACUGAAGCCGCUGCUUCUGCAGUCGAAAACUCUGCACCUGCAGCUGAACCUGUUGCACCUGCUGUUGAAAAUACUGCCCCUACAGCUGAAGUUGCUGCAGCUGAAGCCCCUGCACCUGCAGUUGAAGCCGAUGCCCCUGCAGUCGAAAGCGCUGAAGCCACUUCUCUUUUACCUGAAGCUGGUGCCACAGAGCCUAGUUCUAUUGCUGAAGCUCCUGUUUCUGAUGAACCAGCCUCUGUAGCUACAGCUGCACCUUCAGAGACCGUUGCCGAAACCACAUCUCCUGCUUCUGAGUCUGUUACCACAGCCGCAGAACCUAUUGUUGAACUUGCCACUCCUGUGGCUGAAGCUGCCACACCUGAAGCUCCUGCAGCUAAAGCCAAUGCUGAUGUUGCACCAGCUUCUGAAGCCGCACCUACAGAAGAUACACCUGCCCAAGAAGCACUUGCUGAAGCUGCCCCUGCUGUAGAGGCUGUCACUGAAGUAGUUGCAGAAGCUGUGGCUGAAGCUACCCCCAUUGAGCUUGUAGAAUCUUUUGCAGAAGCAUCUCCUGUUGAAGAUUCUGCCCCUGUGAUAACAGAUGCUACUGACCAAGCUGCAGUUGUGGAGACGCCUGAGGCUGGAUUAGACCCCAUUCAGAAACUUUUCCUUGAUGCAAUUCGCUCAUACUCCACACAGAGCAAUACCUCUGGCAGUCUAGUUGAUGCAGGCCCAGAGUACCAGAAGGCUCUUGCUGAGGAAAUAACUAAAUUGCAGCGGUUGUAUGGUGGUGGAGACCUGACCUCCUUUCCAGAGUUUAAAUUCCCUGAACCUAAAUUUGAUGACAUGUCCUCCAAGUAAACAGCCUUUAUUUCUGUUUUCCUCUCCUGUGCCUCUGUUAAAUUACUUGUCUUUCAUCUGUAAAAGUGAACAUUUUGGUGAGAAUAUUUUGUGACUCUGAAUAGCCAUUUUUCAAUAAAUCUUAUAUAUCUUGAAAGAAAGCUAUUUCAUGUAUAGAAUGCUCAUGUGGAAGAGAGUAUAGCUUAGCUGUAAAAAAAUAAAAAAAUAAUGCUUUUCACGUGCUGUAAUAUUUGUCAGUGAGCUUAUGUGAAAUAUUUUUGGAAAUAAUGCUGAAUAAACUGAGCCACAUGUGA